AUGGAAACAAUUCUCAAACAGCUCAUACGGGCCGGCACACCGAAUCCAGCAAAUUGGGAAGAAUGGAUUUGGAAUUUUGACGGCCUUCUUACCCUUGCUGAGUACGAUACAAUCCUCUUUGCCAAGGAUCCAAGCACCAAAGCACGCAUCCCACGACCUGGCUAUGCAGAUCCAACAAAGCCAACGCCAGAAGAAAUCUCUGCACAGAAAACCUAUGAUAAUGCAAAUCGUCAGGUGGCCACAUGGUUACGCACUGCAGCCGGCAAGGAACACCGACAUAUCCUCGAAAAGACACCUUCUGAUGGUGUGGCAAUUUACGAUGCGCUUUUCGAGCUCUAUGCCAAAAAGGAUGGAAGCAUGCGCUUCAGAGCGUGGAAUGAACUGCUUUCAAUCCGCAAGCAAUCAACAGAGUCAUGGGCAGACCUGGUCAAACGUGUGGAUGAUGCCACCCAUGCACUUGACCGUCUCCGCCCAGCCGAUUGGAACAUACAGAAGGAGACAGAGGAACUCAAGGCAUUUACACUACUCAAUGCCAUCCCCACUGAGCAUCAGCUGCGCACCAGCAUUGUCGUUUCCAACACAAUCAAUUACGACAAAAUCAAAACAGCAAUGCUCCUAUUCAACACAACGACACCAGAAUCGCAGGACAUAGCACCUGAGGUUGCUGCCGCCGUUACCACACCAACAAAAUGCCUUUGCCAAACAUCGGCCAUUUUGUCAAAGAUUGCCGCACAAUGGGGAAUGGUCACGUUUAGGCCACUGCUAGAUGGAAAACUCGACAGUUCCAUAAUUCUCAAAGAUGUCCUCUUCGUUCCCAAUCUGAAAAACAACCUCUUUUCCAUAUUCAUGAUGACUCUCUCCCCAUCAAUCACUGCGACUAUCAAUUCCAACACGCUCUGCUUCUACAAAGAAAAGAAUGCGAUUCUCAUUGCUACUAAGCGUGCUCACAAUGUCCCACUACUCGAAGGCCGCACAGACGAACCAGGGACAGUACCUGAGUCGGUUUCCCAUGCCAUAACAACCACGCCAGUGUCAAUUGAGACAUGGCACCGGCGUUUCUGCCAUCGGAGCUAUGCCACAAUCGACAAGAUGCUCUCAACUAGUGUUGUCAAAGAUUUUGCCACCACUGGCAAGACAAUAACCCCAGCUCUUUGCGUACCCUGUGUAGAGGGCAAGCAGACUCGUGCACCACAUACAGUGCCUGCAAAACGAUCAGAAUCUGUCCUUGGACGCAUCUUCUCAGACGUCCAUGGGCCAGUGCCAACUCAGAGCCGGAAGGGACAUCGGUAUUGGGUUACAUUCAUUGACGAUAAGUCACGUCGUGUUACCCUGUACACACUCCCCAGCAAGGACAGAGUUCUCGAGGCAUUUAAAGACUUCAAAAUGCACGCUGAGACGGAACUGGGGGUAAAAAUUAAAUGUCUACGAGAUGACAAAGGUGGUGAAUACAUGUCCACCGAGUUCCAAAACUACUGUGCAGAGAAUGGCAUCCAACGCGAACACACCAUCCGCGACAGUCCCCAGCAGAAUGGAGUCGCUGAGAGAUUCAACCGUCACCUUGCUGAAGGGGUAACUGCAAUGCUUUCAGAAGCAAAGCUACCACCGUCGUUCUGGGCUGAUGCUGCCAGAGCCUUUGUCCACACCCAUAACCGACUUCCAUCCUCUGUUCUCGAUGGUAUAACCCCCAUAGAGAUCUGGAAUGGCUCAAAACCCUCUGUUGGACACCUACGUGCUUGGGGCUGCCGAGCCCAUGUACACCUUCAAAAGGAUCAGCGUGUACAGCUCGCACCCCAUACGCGAAAAUGUGUCUUCAUUGGAUAUCCAAAUGACUACAAAGGUUGGAUAUUCUGGGACCCACAAACACAGAAGGACUUCGUCUCUGACAGUGCAAUAUUUGUCGAAGAUGAGUUCCCAGGGGGUUCUAAAACGAAGAGCCAUGUUCCACAGCCUGUAGAUGACAUAUCACCAUCAUUCUCUCUCGUCCCAUUUGUGCCACACACACCAAACCCUCCAGUCCAGCCAUCUGGUCCACCUCCUGACGAGCGAAUCUGUCUGGAGCAAGGCCAAGGUGAUGAUCAAGACUCACUCCCAGACCUAAACCUCCUUGAUCUCAGCAACUCUGACGAUGACAACGAUGGAAAUGGCAACGAUACCCAAGAGCCACCGAGAGUCACACUAGAUCUCCCUGCUCAGUACAGACAUCUUGCGCCAAGCAACAGCAAGCGGCAGACUCGAUCAGCUCACCCAGCAUAUAAUGAGACUGCAGAUGCUGCACAGUCAAUAGAACAAGACACAGCAUAUGUGUUGGUCUCACUGGCUGAUGGCGUCGAGUAUGCCCUCCAAACGUCUGCAAAGCUCGAGCCCAACACCCUAGCUGAGGCGUUAGAACGUCCCGAUAGUGAGAAAUGGCUCGAAGCGGCAGUCAAAGAGAUUGACGCUCACCUGGAAAAUGGAACCUGGGAGAAGGCGAUAGGAUGUCGUUGGGUCUUCAAGAUCAAACGUAACCCUGAUGGGUCAAUUGACAAGUACAAAGGUCGUAUUGUUGCAAAGGGCUAUGCUCAGCGCGAAGGUGUAGAUUACACCGAAACCUUUGCGCCUACAGCACGCUUUGGAGCACUGCGGACAGUCAUUGCGCUAGCAGCAGUUGAGGACAUGGAACUGGAGAGUGUCGACAUCUCUACAGCCUUCCUCAAUGGCGAAAUAGAUGCAGAAGUGUACAUGCAGCCGCCAGAGGGAUUAACAAUACAUGGAGACUCCGACGGGUCACAUCAAUGGGUACUCCGACUGCUAAAAGGUCUAUAUGGUAUCAAACAGGGGCCGCGACUUUGGUCAGUGAAGCUGCACAGAGUACUCUCUGAGAUAGGCUUCAAACGACUCGAAUGCGACCACAGUGUCUUCGUCUACCAACGCGACGGUGUGCGGAUUAUCAUACCUGUCCAUGUCGACGACCUCAUCCUUGCUUCCAAGUCUCACUCCGCAAUCCACAAAGUCAAGGAGGAACUCAAGCAACGCUUCAAAAUCCAUGACCAAGGCCAGACAACCCAGAUAUUUGGAAUUCGACUUGAGCGUGAUCGCACAAGUCGCACAAUUGCUCUCUCACAGCCAGCAUACAUACAAAAGCUACUUGAAGACUACAAUAUGACCGACUGUACCCCAUCUCCAACGCCAAUGCCUGAUGGGCUUCGACUCUCAGCAGAAAUGAGUCCAAAAACAGCUGAACAAAAGGAGCGAAUGAAAAGCAUCCCAUACAGAGAGGCCGUAGGCCGUCUCUUAUACCUCUCAAUUGCAACUCGCCCCGACAUCUCAUAUGCUGUUGGUGUUCUGUGUCGAUACAAUUCCAACCCAGGAGAACAGCAUUGGAAUGCUGCCAAGCAUGUCCUCAGAUACCUCAAAGGCUCGCAAGAUCUCAAACUCAUCUAUUCUCCCACCUCUUCCACCGACCUCUUCACUGCCCACAGCGAUGCCGACCUGAGUGGGAACCCAGAUAACUCACGAUCCACUGGUGGAUAUGUCCUCUCAGUUGGCUCAGGAGCUGUCAUGUGGGGUAGUCGACUACAAAAACAUGUCUCACUCUCAUCCACAGAGUCUGAAUACACAACAGCAUCUGCUGCGGGAUGCGAGAUAAUGUGGAUGCGCCAGUUUCUUGAAGAGAUCGGCUAUGACAUCUCUAUACCAUCCCCUCUCUACCUCGACAGUGCAUCAGCCAUCCAAGUGGUCAAAAAUCCCGAACACCAGACAACCAUGAAGCAUGUUCACCGUGCAUACAACUGGAUUCGCGAGCACGUUGAGAACAAGGAACUCCGUGUACAGCAUGUUCCGACCUCUGAAAAUGUCGCUGACAUCUUCACCAAACCCCUUGGUCGCAUCAAGUUUGAAUACCUUCGAGCUCACUAUAUAUCCACUGGUUUGACUACAACGCUCACUUGCCUAAGUAUACUCUGUUCAACACUCGGUAGUGCCAUUUCCCAUGCGCUUAUUCGCAACGGUCAUAUCGUCGUGGGCGUGACCCGCAACGCAGAACAAGCGAGAAAGCUACUUGCAGAAGAAGUGAUCCCAGCCGUUGGGGAUCCAUUUGCUGCAGAAACGUUUUCCGCACAUCUUGCCGACGCCGACGUAGUCAUUGAUGUUGCAUCUGGCGACAUGCUACACGAUGGACCACGGCGCUUUGCGCUCAUUGAAUCGCUCGUCGUCGACCCAUCUAUUCGUGCGGCUCCGAGCACGGGCGUCCCCAAGAUUGCCUACUUUUACACUUCUGGUACUUGGGUCCAUGGUGAUAAUCGCUCUGUCCUGCGAAGUGACAAUGCACCUUUGAAUCCUCCAAUGAUUGUCGCAUGGCGUCCAAAACUUGAACAAGCCGUCGUUAACAGCAGCGUCGUGCGCGGAAUUGUCAUCCGGUCGAGCACAGUCUACGGACGUGCGGGCGGGCUGUGGCCAAUGCUCUUCUCCCAAGCUGGGAGCGGCAAAGUCGAAUGGUUUGGCGUUCCCGGUGGCACGUAUGCGACUGUCCAUGUCGACGACCUGGCGGAAUGCUACCUCCUCGCUGUCGAAAAGAACCAUUUGGUCUCUGGUCUAGUCAUCGAUGUGACCAAUGAGCGCAUGGAAUCCGUCGACGGAUUCUUGUACUCGUUUGCACAUUUGAUGGGGCUUUCGCAUAGCGAUGUCAGCUAUCGAGCGCCUGCGAAUCCACUCGAAGGGGCAAUGUCCGUCACGACCAAACUUCGUCCAACGCUCGCACGCAGUCUACUUGGCUGGGAACCUCGCAAGGCCUCGUUGACAGACGGAAUGGCGGCCUAUUUUGAAGCGUGGAAGGCAAUCAACGCGUCUAAAUCAAAGUAA